UAUAAUUACAUAAAAUGUAAAUAUUGUUAAAUUAUUAUUUAACAGAUGUUGCGUUUUGUAGUUUACCAGUCAUAAGAGUCCCGCAAACGCAACAAUUUCUAACAGCUAUACCAGUCGUACAAAUCUCUAAAAAACGUUUAAAACCGCAACCACCCGCACCCGCAAACUCCCGCAACCGCAACCGCAACCGCUGCGGUUACACCAGUCAGGCCCGAAAAGGCAAAACAACUAAGAAAGACAAUAAAGUUAAUUUAGGAAUAUGAAAAGGAAAGAAAAUAUUUUCUAACGACUUAAUUAACUUCCCAUAUUAAAUUUCAAAGACAAGCUAAAAAACUCUAAUUAAUUUGUGAACUGGAAGGUUUCCAAAAGAAAAUUCAAUUAGUGAGAGACAAUAGAGUUAAAUUUUCAGGAAGUACAUUUAACUUAAGCCGUUAAGCGUAUAAAACCCCUCGUUUUUUUAAUUUCCAACCAUUGUCCAUCCUUGCUCGUCAUCCUCUUCGUCUCCGCUUGUGAAUGAAUGGCUGAACCUUUCGUGUUAUUUCUUUCAUGCCUGCUCAAGAUGCAGCAGGACUCUUCUCUGGUUCAGAAUCGUUUCAAUGACACAUUACGUCAUGCUAUGCGAACAAGAAUUAAUGAUAUCUUUCAACGUCGAGUAACUCCGAGGACUGAUGCUAUAAGACUCCAAAAGAUACUCCCUGAGUACAUAAACUAUCUAGAGUUUCAACUGAUGAACUCGGCCAACUCAGAGGAGGAGUACUCGAAUCCACGAGAUCUUGAAGUCCGCCUACAUUGUCUUGACAAGGAAUUUAGAGAACGCUUAUCUCGUCUCCGUGCUAUGAGAUUUUCACAUGGACUCAGCGCGCUUCCGGACACUCUGAUAACUCAGAUACUCUUAUACCUUCCUACCAAAGAUUCUAUCAAGACCAGCUUUAUAUCGAAGAGAUUUAGAGAUCUAUGGCUUCAGGUCCCAGGACUAGAUUUAUGCUCCAGUGACUUACCCGCCAUCAAGAACUUCAUCAACAGGUUUCUCGUUGUUAACCCUAAGUCACGCCUUCAGAAGUUCAAGAUAAAGUACGACGAUUGGAACACUGUUUAUCCCUUUAUCAGUGAGUUGAUCGUCGAAGUGCUUAAACGUGGAGUUGAUCAACUAGACAUUGGCACACUCGAGCGUCCUCUCACCAAAGAUCUCAUGCAUUUCCAAAUUUGCAAGGGCAAGACUUUGGUUUCUUUGAAGCUGGCAAACUUAGGAAUAGUGCCGAAUCCUCCCGAGUUUGUUGUUUCUCUGCCUUGUCUCAAGACCAUGCAUCUUGAGGACAUUACCACCACGGAUCCUUUGAUCAUAGAGAAGCUCAUCUCAGGCUGUCCUGUUCUUGAAGAUCUGACGGUGUCUAGGGUUUUUGAUGACAAUAAUGUACCUGUUCUGCGUGUGAGAUCUCUCAGUCUUAAGAGGUUUUGGGUGAAGUUUGGCCGCCAGAGAAGAGUUUUUGGUAAAGAGUAUGCGGUUGAGAUUGAUGCUCCGGGUCUCAAGUAUAUGAACUUCAGAGAUGAUCAUUCUGAUAGAGUUGUGGUGAAGAAUCUGAGUUCCUUGUUCGUGAUCGACAUUGAUACACAAUUCAGUCUUGUUCUUGGCAGCAGUACUAGUACCUUGCAGAUGAAGAAAGCUAUUAUCAGUGAUUUUUUAAAAGGGAUAUCCUGUGUUAGACAUAUGAUCAUCUCUCAGCCUACACUCGAGGUCCUUAAUUUUUGGAUGAAACAAGGACAAUUCACCAAGUUUAGUAACUUAUCUCGUUUAGAGGCUUCGUUCUGCACCAUCUUAUUACAAACGUUACCACAUUUUCUUGAAGGUUGCCCGAAGCUGAAACACCUCACAUUGUACUUGCUUUAUUUGAAGGACUUGGAACCAGAGAACCUUGAGCUUACCGUUGUGCCUCAGUGCUUACUAUGUACUCUAGAGUGUGUUGAGGUCAAAGAAGUGACCACGGUGGAGAAAGCUGGGAAGAAAAGAGCGAGGUACAUCAAGAGAACCAAAGUAUCGAAACACAAGAAGAAGAUUUGGAUUGAAGUGGUGAGGUAUAUUCUUGAGAACUCACUAGUCCUCAAGAAACUCGUGUUGUGUUUCUCUCCUGUGACCAACAGCGUCUUAGAUAUCUCAGAGGCGCUUCCUACGUUCACAAUACGUUCUCCCGGAUGUCAAAUCUUCAAUCAUCUCACAUCUCUUUGAAGAUCAGUUUAGGAAAGGAAUAAUCUCUUUGAACCUUGUGCUUUUUUUUUCCUUCUCCAGUGUACAAAAAGCUUAGUUAUAGUAUUGCUACACUUACCUUAAGUAAAUGAUCACGCAAAAAAAGACAUGUAAGCAUUAGCAAAGCAGAGUUUAAGAAUAAAACUCUUUUUUGGACUAUUGAAGUCGUUUUCCUUCAGUAAUUCCCAAAUCCUCUACCUAGUUACAGAUUCACAAGUAUGUUGUCAGCCUCUUUUGCUUGUUUUCUUUUGAGACUGAUUAUGUUUAUCAUGUGCUUUAAAAACAGUAAGAUAAACCAAAUCAAAUGUUCAACCGAAGUCGAUUUCGAAAGAGAAGAACAGAAA